CAUGUGGCUGCUGGUCACUUCGUGCCUCCUGCUGCUCAACUCCUGGACCAGCCCAGCACACACAGAAGAUGUCGGCACCAGCCUCUACUUUGUCAAUGACUCCCUUCAGCAGGUGACCUUCUCCAGCACUGUGGGGGUGGUGAUCCCCUGUCCAGCUGCCGGCUCUCCCAGUGCCACGCUCCGCUGGUAUCUUGCCACUGGGGACGACAUCUAUGAUGUGCCGCACAUCCGCCAUGUUCAUGCCAACGGGACCCUUCAGCUCUACCCCUUCUCGCCGUCUGCCUUCAAUAGCUUUAUCCACGACAACGACUAUUUCUGUACCGCAGAGAACUCAGCGGGAAAAAUCAGGAGCCCGAAUAUCCGGGUUAAAGCAGUUUUCAGGGAACCCUACACCGUCAGGGUGGAGGAUCAAAGGUCAAUGCGUGGAAACGUGGCUGUCUUCAAGUGCCUCAUCCCUUCUUCAGUGCAAGAAUACGUCAGUGUUGUGUCCUGGGAGAAAGACACAGUUGCUCUCGUCUCUGAAAAUAGGUUUUUCAUUACUUUCUACGGGGGGUUGUACAUAUCAGAUGUCCAGAAGGAAGAUGCCUUGUCCACCUACAGGUGUAUCACCAAACACAAGUACAGUGGUGAGACACGACAAAGCAACGGAGCCCGACUGUCUGUCUCAGACCCUGCGGAGUCCAUCCCAGCCAUCCUAGACGGCUUCCAUUCCCGAGAAGCCAAGGCUGGGCAGCUGGUAGAGCUCCCUUGCAUUGCCUCUGGUUACCCCAACCCUGCCAUCCGAUGGAUCAAAGAUGGUCGGCCACUGCCUGCUGAUAGUCGGUGGACCAAACGCAUCACGGGGCUGACUAUCAGUGACCUGCGUGUGGAGGACAGUGGCGUCUACAUCUGUGAGGUCACAAACACUUUCGGGUCUGCAGAGGUCACGGGCACUCUCACAGUGAUCGACCCCCUGCACGUCUCCCUCACUCCAAAGAAGCUGAAGACCGGCAUUGGCAGCACCGUCAUCUUGUCGUGCGCGCUUUCGGGCUCGCCAGAAUACACUCUCCGUUGGUACCGCAACACGGAGCUGGUGGUGCCCGACGACUUCAUCUCCAUCCGCGGGAUUAGCAACGAGACGCUGCUCAUCACGGCUGCCCAGAAGAGCCACUCGGGGGCCUAUCAGUGCUUUGCCACAAGGAGGGCCCAGACUGCUCAGGACUUUGCCACCAUUGUGCUGGAAGAUGGGACUCCCCGGAUCAUUUCAUCCUUCAGUGAGAAGGUGGUGAACCCAGGUGAGCAGUUUUCUCUGACGUGCGCAGCCAAAGGGGCCCCUCCGCCCACCAUCACCUGGGCCCUGGACGACGAACCCAUCCAGCGGGACGGCAGCCACCGCAGCAACCAGUACACCAUGUCCGACGGCACGACGGUUAGCCACAUGAACGUCACCAGCCCGCAAAUCAAGGAUGGAGGGGUCUAUCGCUGUGCUGCGCGGAACUCAGUGGGCAGUGCCGAAUACCAAGCGCGAAUAAACGUAAGAGGGCCCCCCAGCAUCCGUGCAAUGAAAAACAUUACUGCGGUGGCCGGCCGGGACUCCUUCAUCAACUGCCGCGUGAUUGGCUACCCCUAUUACUCCAUCAAAUGGUACAAGGACUCACUGCUGCUGCCCGACAACCACCGCCAAGUGGUCUUUGAGAACGGCACCCUCAAACUGAUGGACGUCCAGAAGGGAAUGGAUGAAGGGGAGUACUUGUGCAGUGUUCUCAUCCAGCCCCAGCUCUCCAUCAGCCAGAGCGUCCAUGUCACGGUCAAGGUCCCUCCACUCAUCCAGCCCUUUGAGUUCCCUCCAGCCUCCAUUGGGCAGCUUCUCUACAUCCCAUGUGUGGUCUCUUCGGGGGACAUGCCCAUCCGCAUCACCUGGAGGAAGGACGGUCAGGUGAUCAUCUCCGGCUCAGGCGUCACUAUCGAGAGCAAGGAGUUCAUGAGCUCCCUCCAGAUUUCCAGCGUUUCCCUGAAGCACAAUGGCAAUUACACCUGCAUUGCUACUAACGAUGCAGCCACUGUCAGCCGGGAGCGGCAGCUUAUCGUGCGAGUCCCUCCUCGCUUUGUCGUCCAGCCCAACAACCAGGAUGGGAUCUAUGGAAAAGCAGGCGUCUUGAACUGCUCGGUGGAUGGGUACCCCCCUCCUAAAGUUAUGUGGAAGCAUGCUAAAGGCAGUGGGAACCCCCAGCAGUACCAUCCAGUCCCGCUCACCGGCCGCAUCCAGAUCCUGCCCAACAGCUCGCUCCUCAUCCGGCACGUGUUGGAAGAGGACAUUGGCUACUACCUGUGCCAGGCCAGCAACGGAGUGGGCACUGACAUCAGCAAAUCCAUGUUCCUCACGGUGAAGAUCCCCGCCAUGAUCACCUCUCAUCCCAACACGACCAUCGCCAUCAAAGGGCAGCCCAAGGAGCUGAACUGCACAGCCCGCGGCGAGCGGCCCAUCAUCAUCCGUUGGGAGAAGGGGGACACGGUCAUUGAUCCCGACCGCAACAUCCGGUAUGCCAUCACCACCAAGGACAAUGGCGACGAGGUCAUCUCCACCCUCAAACUCAAACCGGCCGACCGAGGGGACUCCGUGUUCUUUUCUUGCCACGCCAUCAACUCUUAUGGUGAAGACAGAGGACUCAUUCAGCUGACUGUCCAAGAGCCACCAGACCCUCCAGAACUAGAGAUCCGAGAGGUAAAGGCUCGUAGUAUGAAUCUGCGCUGGACGCAGCGGUUUGAUGGCAACAGCAUCAUUACUGGCUUUGAUAUUGAGUACAAGAACAAAUCGGGUGAGCAACCCAUGUCGACCCGCAACAUUUCCCCGACCAUCAACCAGGCCAACAUUGUGGAUCUCCACCCGGCCUCUGUCUACAGCAUCCGCAUGUACUCCUUCAACAAGAUUGGACGCAGUGAGCCCAGCAAGGAGUUGACCAUCAGCACAGAGGAAGCAGCUCCUGAUGGUCCCCCCAUGGAUGUCACCUUGCAGCCCAUGACCUCCCAGAGCAUCCAGGUCACGUGGAAGGCCCCAAAGAAGGAACUCCAGAAUGGGGUUAUCCGUGGCUACCAAAUUGGCUACCGGGAAAAUAGCCCUGGGAGCAAUGGGCAGUACAGCAUUGUGGAGAUGAAAGCCACUGGGGACAGUGAAGUCUACACCCUGGACAAUCUGAAGAAGUUUGCCCAGUAUGGCGUGGUGGUGCAGGCCUUUAACCGAGCGGGCACUGGCCCUUCAUCCAGCGAGAUUAAUGCCACCACCUUGGAGGACGUGCCCAGCCAGCCUCCGGAGAGCGUGAGGGCCUUGUCUAUCACCUCCGACGUGGCUGUGAUCUCUUGGUCAGAGCCUCCCCGCAGCACGCUCAAUGGGGUCCUGAAGGGAUACCGUGUCAUCUUCUGGUCGCUUUACAUGGACGGAGAGUGGGGGGAAAUGCAAAACAUCACCACCACCCGGGAGCGAGCAGAACUACGAGGCUUGGAAAAGUUCACUAAUUACAGCGUCCAGGUCCUGGCCUACACCCAGGCAGGCGAUGGGGUUCGCAGCAACGUCCUUCACAUCCAGACCAAGGAAGACAUUCCGGGUCCUCCAGCUGGAAUCAAAGCGGUCCCAUCCUCAGCCAGCAGUGUGGUCGUCUCCUGGCUCCCACCCACCAAGCCCAAUGGGAUCAUCCGGAAGUACACCAUCUUUUGCUCCAGCCCAGGUUCUGGGCAGCCAGCCCCAAGUGAGUAUGAAACAAGCCCUGAGCAGCUCUUCUAUCGCAUCGCGCACCUGAACCGAGGCCAGCAGUAUUUGCUGUGGGUGGCCGCUGUCACAUCGGCCGGACGGGGCAACCUCAGUGAGAAGGUCACCAUCGAGCCUGCUGGCAAAGCCCCAGCAAAGAUCAUUUCAUUUGGGGGCACUGUGACCACUCCAUGGAUGAAAGAUGUGCGUCUGCCCUGCAGUUCGGUUGGGGAGCCAAGUGCCGCCGUGAGGUGGACCAAGGACAGCGAUGAUUCCGCCAUUCCAGUGGCUGUGGAUGGGCAUCGCCAGAUCCAGGCCAAUGGGACACUGAUCCUACGCGCCGUGAAAGCAGAAGAUUCUGGGUACUACACCUGCACAGCCACCAACACCUGGGGCUUCGACACCAUCAUUGUCAACUUGCUGGUGCAAGUGCCUCCAGACCAGCCACGACUGACAGUAUCGAAGACCUCUGCCUCCUCCAUCACCUUGGCCUGGAUCCCUGGUGAUAAUGGUGGCAGCUCCAUCCGAGGCUUUGUGCUCCAGUACUCGGUGGAUAACAGUGAGGAGUGGAAGGACGUCUUCAUCACCUCCACGGAGCGUUCCUUCAAGCUGGAGAGUCUGAAAUGUGGGACAUGGUACAAAGUGAAGCUGGCAGCCAAGAACAGCGUGGGAGCCGGGCGGAUCAGUGAGAUCAUUGAGGCCAAAACCCAUGGCAGAGAGCCCUCCUUCAACAAGGACCAGCAUCUCUUCACCCACAUCAACUCUACACAUGCCAGACUGAACCUGCAGGGCUGGAGCAGCGGCGGAUGCCCCAUCCGGGCCGUGGUGCUGGAGUACAGGCCCAAGGGCACCUGGGCCUGGCAGAGCAUGCGGGCCAACUAUUCCCAUGAAGUCUUUCUGACGGAGCUGCGGGAAGCCACGUGGUAUGAGCUGCGCAUGAAGGCCUGCAACAGCGCUGGCUGCGGCAAUGAGACCAUGCAGUUCGCUACCUUGGACUACGAUGGGAGUACCAUUCCCCCCAUCAAGUCUGCCCAGGGUGAGGGGGACGACGUGAAGAAGCUCUUCACCAUCGCUUGUCCUGUCAUCUUGGCCACGGUGGGUGUCGCCCUCCUCUUCGUCAUCCGCAAAAAGCGGAAGGAGAAGCGCCUGAAGCGUUUGCGUGAUGCCAAGAGUCUGGCUGAGAUGCUCAUCAGUAAAAACAACCGGAGCUUUGACACCCCUGUGAAAGGACCCCCACAAGGGCCCCGCCUCCACAUUGACAUCCCCCGGGUCCAGCUUCUCAUUGAGGACAAGGAAGGCAUCAAGCAGAUUGGAGACGACAAAGCAACAAUUCCAGUGACUGACACUGAAUUCAACCAGGCAGUGAAUCCACAGAGCUUCUGCACCGGUGUCUCUUUGCACCAUCCAGCGCUCAUCCAAAACACCGGGCCUCUGAUAGACAUGUCUGAUAUUCGUCCUGGUACCAACCCAGUUUCCAGGAAAAGUGUGAAGUCCGCACACAGUACCAGGAACAGGUACUCAAGCCAGUGGACGCUCACCAAGUGCCAAGCCUCCACCCCAGCACGGACUCUCACCUCGGACUGGAGGACUGUCGGCUCCCAGCAUGGCAUCACGGUGACCGAAAGUGACAGUUACAGCGCAAGCUUGUCCCAGGACACAGAUAAAGGGCGCAACAGUAUGGUGUCUACAGAGAGCGCCUCCUCUACUUACGAAGAGCUGGCACGAGCCUACGAGCACGCUAAGCUGGAAGAGCAGCUGCAGCAUGCCAAGUUCGAAAUCACCGAGUGCUUCAUCUCUGACAGCUCCUCUGACCAGAUGACCACAGGCACCAAUGAGAACGCCGACAGUAUGACUUCCAUGAGCACCCCCUCGGAACCAGGCAUCUGCCGCUUCACCGCAUCGCCCCCCAAACCACAGGACAGCGACCGUGGCAAAGGGGUAGCGGUGCCCAUACCUCAUCGAGCCAAUAAAAGCGACUACUGCAACCUGCCUUUGUACGUGAAAUCCGAAACGUUCUUCCGUAAGCCGGACCUUCACGAGCCCUGCCCGGUCGUGCCGCCCCGCGAGGCCUCCAUCCGGAACCUGGCUCGGGCCUACCACACCCAAGCCACCAGGCACCUGACGUUGGACUCGGGCAGCGGCGGCGGCGGCAGCAGUAAGGCCUUGGCAGCGCCCCACGCAAGCGCAGCCACGACGACCUUACCUCAGAGAACUCUGGCCAUGCCAGUCUCGGCAAGCGCUGCCGCCACGGCCUCGGCUCCCCCUCCUGCCCCUGCCGCCGCCACUGCUGCCACCGCCGCCGCCGCCGCUGCCCCCACUUCAGCCCCGGCAGCUACUACUGAGCCUGCACCUGCUCCACCUGCCGAGCCUCGCUUGCCCCCGCACACCAAAAUGGGGGGGUCCAGAGACUCACUGCUAGAAAUGAGCACAUCGGGUGUGGGCAGGUCACAGAAGCAGGGAGCUGGCGCCUACUCCAAAUCCUACACACUGGUCUAGCAGUCUGCACAAGAUGACACGGACUUCGCUCUUUUCCUGCAUUAUUUAUAUUGAAAUAAAAGAAGCUCUUGUACAGAAUGGACUUUUUUUGUAUAAAUGAAACUAUUUUCUUCUCCGGACUCACAGGGGGAAAAACACCCAAAGGUGCAAAACAUUGGGGAAUCUCUUUUAGUGGAGGUUUUCAUCUCUGUUUCGCAUCGUACUGGCUGGUGGAAGCACAGAGUUGAUCGGCCUCCUCUUCCUCACCAACCCUUCCCCAAUCAAGUCACCCUGUCGGUUUUUCAGAGACUCGGUGGAGACAUUGCAUGUUAUUGUUUGAGAAACACGGGACUUGCUUCAGUUUGCAUCUGCCUCUAUGUCACUACCUUUUUUCUAUACAAACUAAAAGCCAGCGCAGUGUGCAAUAAAAGCUAUGUUUCUACAA